UCCCCCAGCAUGCAACACUGCUCUCCGUUCAUACAGGUUGCGAAUCUGUCCGAAGAACACGACAAAACCAUCAAUUGUUUGUCUUUCUCGGACGACGGAUGUCUCCUUGCCAGCGGUGGUGACGACAGGAAGCUCGUCGUCUGGGAUCCUGCCCAGGGAAAACCGAAGUGUCGCGUCAUCUUCGAAACCUCUAUCGACACUCUCCUAUGGCAUCCCAUCUAUUCCGGAUCUCUGAUCGUUGGCCUAGGAAGCGGCGAUCUUCAACAGCUGAGUGGCUUUGACUCGUUGUGCGACUACCAACAGGCUGAGAUCCGACUGGGAGCCAAGGAGGCGAUACAUUGUAUGGCCUACGACACCACCACCAGAUGCCUUGCGGUCGGGAUGGGCGGUCGUGUUUAUGUCACGCGUGAAUGCCAACGCAAUGUGUAUGCUGGCGUCGUCUCACUCCCUGAUCCUCUAUCUCGGUCUGGAGACGUACGAGAAGGCCCCACCGAGGCGCGUUCCUCAGCCAAGAAAGUCAUCGCCAUGGAUGUCUCGUUCCAUAACGAAGGCAAGAACCUCAUUGUUUCUUACGUGUUUCAUGGUAUUGUGUGUUGGGAUAUCAGUGGUCAAAGACGUGUAUGGAAAAUCUCGCCUGCGGUGGCUACUCCGACCAUAGCUGGCGCAUCCCUGUUCGCGCCAUUGAGAUUGCUUGCUGUCUAUAAUGCGACCAGUGGCAUAGACGUGUACCAUAUUGCCUACCAUGGCAAGCAAGCGCCGCGCAAGACAUACGCACUCGAUGAGCGUCCACAGUCGAAACACCAUCUACCCGUGCUGUUCAUAAAUAAAGGGGCCCAAAUUUUUUGCGGGACAACCAAUGGCAACGUACGCGUCUGGGACGUCGCCUCAGGCAAUAUCUUUCAGGACUUGCAUCAUGAUAGUACGUCUUUGUCUUGUCUGCUUUGCAACCUGUACUUACCGCAGAGGUUCGUUAGGCGAAGUUGUACAAGCGAUCAGCGUGAGUACUAG